CUCACUUGUCCCCUCGCCCGUCCCUGCCCGCCACACCACUUUCAGUUCACAUGCACCAGACGCCUCUUGAGGGUGCACGGCAACACGCUCCUGUCAACAACCUUCCCCGGAGACUGAAGUUAACGAGGGAGCGAGGAAGGAGUGACGAAGGAGAGACAGAGAGAAGGAGAGGCGAAGGAGCCGUGUCUCGAGUCCCCAGGAGAGCUUCAGCGCAAGAGUGCCUUCAGAGAGCGUCAGGAUGGCAAGUAUGUGGCGGUGGAGCGCUGUCGUGAUCCUGGCGGCGGCGGCGGCGACGGUGUAUGAAGCUACUGGGCAAGAGGCAGCAGCAGCAUCACCCCGUUGGCAGAGCGGACACCACAACACGGAGGUGACGGUGGGCGGCGCGGGGGCGUGGGGGCCGGGGCGCCAACACCCACACCGGGGGCCGCAGGUGCAGGGUGAGCCAGGGGGAGCCCGGGCCACGACGCGGGAGGAGAGGCGGCGGCUGAGGGAGGAGAGGCGCCAGGCGAGGAAGGAGAGGCGGCGGCAACGACACGACGAGCGGCGGGAGGAGGCGGAGGGGGUGGCGGCGGCGGGGGAGGAGGCGGAGGAACAGCAGGAGGAGGAGGUGGUGGUGGACUUGAUGUGGCUCCGUGCUAACCUCUCCUCGCUGUGGCAGGAGUUCAGGGCCCUGGCGCGUCUGCAGAGAUCACGGGCCUUCCACUCUCAGUACGGGAAGGGCCGAGCACAGGCGGGUCGAGAGGGUGGUCACCGAGUACACACACAUCCGGGCCCGCCGCCGCAGGAGGAGGAGAGCGAGGACACUUGCCCCACGGAUGCUGACGGAUGCCGCGACGCUCCGGGCGGGGCGAUCUGCAACGGUCGCGGGGCAUGCCACUGCGGCCACUGCCAGUGUGAGGCUGAGUACUACGGCAGCACCUGUCAGUGUAGCGACCACACCUGCCAGCGGUAUGACGGGAUGCCCUGCGGGGGGCCAAGCCGCGGCCAGUGUCGCUGCGGAGAGUGCAUGUGCCGGGCGGACUACGUGGGCGAGGCGUGCGGCUGCCCCACCAGCACCCAGUCCUGCAUCCACCCCGGACAGCAGGCGGUGUGCUCCAACCAGGGCACGUGCGAGUGUGGCCGGUGCCGCUGCGGUGACGGGUACAAGGGGAUGUACUGCGAGGACUCGGUCUACGCGGCGCGGGUGUGCGAGACGCUGAAGGCCUGUGUGCUGUGCAAGGCGUGGGGGCGCGAGCUGACCAAGUGCGACCAGUGCCAAAUCACCAUCAGCGUUGUGGACAUGUUGGAGCCCUCGAUGACGACCUGCGUGAUGGUGAACUCCGGCUGCAUCCUGAAGUACUCCUACGUCGCCGAGGCCACUAACGCUUACUCCGUGCUGCUGGAGAGAAACAAUGAGUGUCCGCCUCUCAUUGAAUAAGAAAAGAGCAGAGGAGAGAAGAGAAAAGAUGAGAAGAGAAGGGAAGAGAAGAGAGGAACAGAAGAGAAGACAAGACAAGAAAAAAAGGGAAGAAAAAAGAAAAGGAGAGAAAAGAAGAGAUGAUAUUAAACGAUGAGAGAGAGAGAGAGAGAGAGAGAGAGAGAGAGAGAGAGAGAGAGAGAGAGAGAGAGAGCAUAAUAUUAUUUUCUCCACUCAGCUCAGCAUCAAUAUAAGUCAUGGCAUCAAAUGUGUGUGUGUGUGUGUGUGUGUGUGUGUGUGUGUGUGUGUGUGAGAGAGAGAGAGAGAGAGAGAGAGAGAGAGAGAGAGAGAGAGAGAGAGAGAGAGAGAGAG